AUGGAGGAACAGCAAUCUGAAGGGCAUCCAGUGAGUGACAAUGAAGAGGAACCAGUGCAGCCUACCAAUGCAGAUGUAACAGUAACCAAAUCACCCAGGAAAAGAAAAAGGACUGCCAAAAGGAAGAACAUUGCUCAACCCAAGGAAAAACAAACUGUUGAUCUUUCCGGGGAUCAGCAGAAUGCAGAAAAAACUGCUGAGGAACAGCAAACUGAGGAACCAUCUACCAGGAGAUCACCAAGGAUAAGGUCUGGUGUCCAAAGUACUGCGCAAACUACUCAGCGCAGUGGAAAAAGAAAGCGUCCUGAGCAGCCUGAGACCCACACUACUACUGAACCCACUCCUCUACCCAAGUUUAUCGACGAUGAAACCAGAGAAAGAUUUGAAUGGAUCUCGCAGAAGGGCUUUAUCACUCAGUGGACCAUUAUCCCCUACGAAUUUCGUAAACUUGAUCUUGAACCUGUUGUCAACCUGAAAGGCAAAUCACAUACUGAUCUCAUUUCUCGUGUCAACUCUGUUAACAUUGAACUGAAUCCUGACAUUGUUAACUCUGACAAGGGAAAAGCUCCGGCAACUGAAGAAGAAACUGAAGAGGAGGAUGAUAAUGAUGAGGAUGAGGACACUGAGGAAGAAGACCCUGCUCAGUUUCGUCUGGCUAGAAGAAGGUCUGGAUCCUCCAAGAUCACAUUUUAG